UCGCGUGCACAAUUCAGUGAAGGCUGUUUACGCACAUGUGGAUUCAAGAGUUGAGGUCAAGAGUCUUAUUCGCUUGCACGAUUAAAUAAGUUAAGCACACUACAUCCUAUCUAUUGCCAAACCCUGUAAGCAAAGUCGGUACAUACAGGCAAUCUGAAUCUGGGUAUCAGAGGAACCGAGUAUCUUGGGCACUGCAAGUACUGAUUUUGUUCAAACGUUUCAAAGUAAACAAACAGGACGAACUUUACGAAACAACGCAUAAGCUGGCAUUUUCAAAAACAAAUGAUUUUCAAAAGCUCAACACAUGUUUUAGCUGUACAUCAUCGAUGUAGUAGGCAAUGGGUAAGUGCGACUACCAGAAUGUUGUGUUCGAAACCGAACCAACGACAAGCAGAAUUAAUGGCUAGGAGCUUACCGAAACGAAUGCCGCUACCCGGCGUACAACACAUUGUCCUAGUUUCGUCCGGAAAGGGCGGUGUUGGUAAGACAACAACUGCUGUGAAUCUGGCCGUGACACUUGCUCAACAUGGUAAGACGGUUGGGUUGUUGGAUGGGGAUAUAUUUGGCCCAUCCGUUCCCAGGAUGAUGAACGUUACUGAAGCCCCACUGGUAGAUGAACACAACAGAAUGGUUCCAUUGCUUAACUACGGUGUAAAAUGCUUAUCUAUUGGAUUGCUGGUCGACUCGGGUCCCGUAGUGUGGCGUGGCCCCCUUGUAAUGUCUGCCAUUCAGCGGUUACUGAAAGGUACACUAUGGGGGCCACUAGAUAUCUUAAUCGUAGACACACCGCCCGGAACUGGCGAUGUACAUCUUUCGCUCAGUCAGAACGUACCCAUCGACGGAGUGGUGUUGGUCAGCUCUCCCCAAGCAGCAGCCCUAGAUAUUACCAAAAAAGGAGCCCAAAUGUACCGAACGCUGCAGGUACCGUUGAUCGGUUUGGUGGAAAACAUGAGCCAUGUCGUGUGUGAUAAGUGUUCAAACCAAAUUGAGUUUGCGGAAAAUGUGAUCGACGUAUACCUAAAGGAACUUUCGAUCGAUAUUCUUGCGCGUGUUCCGAUCGAAAAGGAUGUUAUGAGAUGUAGCGACGCUGGGACGCCCGUUUGUUUAAAAUUCCCCCACUCCCAGCUAGCUAAAGCGUACAGCUCAAUCGCAACGAAAGUGAUCCAAUUUUUAGCUAUUAAACAGAAACCAUAAAAUACUUUAU